AUGGCUAGAGUUCUGGUUCAGUCAACUAAUAUUCCUGGUGUGGUUGCUGGGAGAAGGCUUGGUCAAUCUAAAGGAUCGGGAAAUGCCAAAAGGACAGUCAAGAUGUGUUGUACUUUACGAGCACCUGGAUUGAGAAUAAGCAGUUUCUCAGGACUCCGUAGUGUUAAUGCUUUAGAUAUUAUGGCGAAACCUGGGCAAGACUUUUAUUCCAAGAUGGGAGUUGCAAUCACUUCCCGGCGUCGAAAGGCUAGCAGAUGUGUGCCUAAAGCCAUGUUUGAGCGCUUCACAGAAAAGGCAAUUAAAGUAAUUAUGCUUGCACAAGAGGAAGCAAGGCGACUUGGUCACAAUUUUGUUGGCACAGAGCAGAUACUUUUGGGUCUUAUUGGUGAAGGAACUGGUAUUGCUGCCAAGGUUCUUAAGUCCAUGGGAAUUAAUCUUAAAGAUGCACGUGUUGAAGUGGAGAAGAUAAUUGGAAGGGGUAGUGGAUUUGUUGCUGUUGAAAUUCCAUUCACUCCUCGUGCGAAGCGAGUGUUGGAGCUGUCACUGGAGGAAGCUCGCCAACUUGGCCAUAACUAUAUUGGAUCCGAGCACUUGCUUCUGGGCUUACUUCGGGAGGGUGAGGGUGUAGCAGCUCGAGUUCUUGAGAAUUUAGGUGCUGACCCUAGUAACAUUCGCACACAGGUUAUCCGUAUGGUGGGUGAGAGCACAGAGGCUGUUGGUGCCGGUGUUGGAGGAGGAAGCAGUGGUAAUAAGAUGCCGACUCUAGAAGAAUAUGGGACCAAUUUAACUAAGCUAGCAGAGGAGGGUAAGUUGGAUCCCGUUGUUGGAAGACAACCACAAAUCGAACGUGUUGUGCAAAUUUUGGGUAGGCGGACUAAGAAUAAUCCCUGCCUUAUUGGAGAACCUGGUGUUGGGAAGACUGCAAUUGCAGAAGGCCUUGCUCAACGGAUUGCAACUGGUGAUGUUCCUGAAACCAUAGAGGGAAAGAAGGUUAUAACACUGGAUAUGGGUCUUCUUGUUGCUGGUACAAAGUACCGUGGAGAGUUUGAGGAAAGAUUAAAGAAGCUCAUGGAGGAAAUUAAACAAAGUGACGAGAUAAUUUUGUUUAUUGAUGAGGUGCACACUUUAAUUGGAGCGGGAGCAGCAGAAGGGGCAAUUGAUGCCGCAAAUAUAUUAAAACCAGCUCUUGCAAGAGGUGAACUGCAGUGCAUUGGUGCCACAACUCUCGAUGAAUACAGAAAGCACAUAGAGAAAGAUCCAGCCUUGGAAAGGCGUUUCCAACCAGUCAAAGUUCCUGAACCAACUGUGGAUGAAACCAUUCAGAUUUUGAGAGGACUUCGAGAGCGAUACGAGAUUCACCACAAGCUCCGCUACACUGAUGAAGCCCUGGUAUCUGCUGCACAGCUAUCAUACCAGUAUAUCAGUGAUCGCUUUCUGCCUGAUAAAGCAAUUGACUUGAUUGAUGAAGCUGGUUCUCGAGUUCGUCUUCGUCAUGCACAGCUACCUGAAGAAGCUAGAGAGCUUGAGAAAGAACGGAGGCUGAUCACUAAGGAGAAGGAUGAGGCUGUUAGAAGCCAAGACUUUGAAAAGGCUGGGGAAUUACGUGACAGAGAAAAGGACCUUUCGGCACAGAUCUCAGCUGUUGUUGAUAAAGGCAAGGAGAUGAGUAAGGCAGAGAGUGAGGCAGGAGAUGUAGGUCCUCUCGUGACUGAAGUGGAUAUUCAACAUAUUGUGUCCUCGUGGACUGGCAUUCCAGUGGAGAAGGUGUCAACUGAUGAAUCGGACCGCCUCCUCAAGAUGGAAGAGACCCUCCAUAAGCGAGUCAUUGGUCAGGAUGAAGCAGUCAAGGCUAUUAGUCGUGCUAUUCGCCGUGCUCGUGUUGGACUGAAGAAUCCUAAUCGUCCUAUCGCCAGUUUCAUCUUUUCUGGUCCAACUGGUGUUGGGAAAUCUGAGCUCGCAAAAGCUUUGGCGGCUUACUACUUUGGUUCUGAAGAAGCCAUGAUUCGGCUUGAUAUGAGUGAGUUCAUGGAAAGGCACACUGUUUCCAAGCUCAUUGGUUCUCCCCCAGGUUAUGUUGGUUACACUGAGGGAGGUCAGCUGACUGAAGCCGUUCGACGACGUCCUUACACUGUGGUGCUUUUUGAUGAGAUUGAGAAGGCUCAUCCCGAUGUCUUCAACAUGAUGCUUCAAAUACUUGAGGAUGGAAGAUUGACUGACAGCAAGGGCAGAACUGUGGAUUUCAAGAAUACACUUCUGAUAAUGACGUCUAAUGUUGGAAGCAGUGUAAUUGAGAAAGGAGGCCGUCGUAUAGGAUUUGACCUUGAUUACGAUGAGAAGGAUAGCAGUUACAAUAGAAUUAAGAGCUUGGUGACUGAGGAACUAAAACAGUACUUUAGACCAGAGUUCUUGAAUAGGUUGGAUGAAAUGAUUGUCUUCCGACAACUCACUAAGCUGGAGGUAAAGGAAAUAGCAGAUAUAAUGCUGAAGGAGGUUUUUGAGAGGUUGAGGGUUAAAGAGAUAGAGCUUCAAGUGACAGAGAGGUUUAGAGAUAGAGUGGUUGACGAAGGAUACAACCCAAGUUAUGGAGCAAGGCCUCUAAGAAGAGCCAUAAUGAGACUUUUGGAGGACAGCAUGGCUGAGAAGAUGCUUGCAAGGGAGAUCAAAGAAGGCGACUCGGUUAUCGUGGAUGUUGAUUCUGAUGGCAAUGUGACUGUGCUCAAUGGUAGCAGUGGUUCUCCUGAGUCUUUGCCCGAGGCAAUCCCUGUUUGA